AAAACGUGAAUUUUUUGAAAAACGUGGCUUGCGAUUGAGUCAUAAUCAGACCCCUGUAAAGUAGAGAAAAUUGACACCCUCGGAGGAACCUUCAACUUCGUACCUCAGUCAAAGGCACAAAGGUAUUAUCGUCAUCGCAAUCAAGCGCAGAACAACCGUACUCCUUGCUAUAAAAUGUCCUCGAGGGCAGAACAGGAGCGAAGCCGUGAAGAGGAAGUUAACGAACGUGCAGAACAGGAACGAAGACAUGCGGAGGACGAGAACCAUACGAGCCCCCUCGGUAGUGAUACCUGGUCAAACGAGCCUCGCUAUGAAAAUAUCUACAGGGCACGGCUCGACUUCGUACUUAAUAAAGUGUCCGAAGCUGCCUUACAGGAACUUGUUUCUUCACUACGAAAUGGUAUGAGAUGUACAAUUUCAAGAAACUAUGCGGCUGGAAACUUCAAUCUUGUCAAAAAGAUAGUUUUCGAAGAUGAUGUCCAAUGGAUUAUUCGGAUUCGUCUGCCGCCGUUAUCGUACUUUAUGGCCGAUACACCAAGAGGGGAAGCAAGCUACAGCGAGACUGAAGUGCGGGGCAGCCGUGUCAUAUGUACAGAGAGAGAUCUAGAAUCACUGAAAAGUGAAUUUCUGACGAUGAAGUAUCUUCGAGCCAAGACCACUAUUCCAAUACCAAGAAUUUAUGCCUAUUCUCUUCAAAACGACAAUACCAUCGGUUUCCCCUACAUAAUAAUGGAUUACAUCCAUGGCACCACAGCAUUCCACCUCUCUGCUAAAUUCGGCAAUCCUUUGUCGAUACCAGCUCGGUACCUUAAUCACUACUAUACUCAAGUUACCAAAAUAACGAGAGAACUAGCUUCCCUACAAUUUGCACUUAUUGGAUCGCUCACUGGAGACCCGGAUUCUGUUACCAUGGAUGAAGUCAAGAUUGGACCAAUUGCCGAAACAGGCGAAGGCCCCUAUGAAACAGCGCAGGACUUUUAUACCAACUACCCAGCAGCAAUAGCAGGUGCGCUGUACAGCGAUCCUCAAGCUCCAGACUCAGGAGGGUGUGAGACGAUUCGUCGCUUACCCGGUCUUCUCCAGACCUGUAUUGAAGAAACAUGUCCUCAGGAGGUGAUAUACAGCCUUACGAAUUUAGAGAUGGGUACCCACAACAUUCUCGUGAACAACUCCUUCGACAUCCUUGCAGUCAUUGAUUGGGAUACUGUGAUAGCAGCUCUGAGUGCUGUACGCCAUCAGUUCCCAUGGUGUAUUGGUGGUGAUCCUGGGAUACCGGGGAUUGGGCCAAUAAAGGCGUUCGGGGAGUGGGAGGAGAGGCUAGAGAUGUGUAGGGUGUUUGCGGCAAUAUCAGAGAGGAGUAUCGAUGAGGAAGUGAAGGAUGGAAAGGAGCGAUUAUUCUCCGCUGCGAAGUUUUUCAGUAAGGAAGCCUUGGCCUUCAGGGCCCUGGCGUUCUUCAGAAUUAAGCAAAGCUAGGUUGACGAGCAGUGGGUACCGGGAUUGAAUUAGCUUGAAAGAUGUAAUGCGACCGAGAUUUUGAGCUGGUACGGAAUGUGAAAUCGAAGGACAGAGGGGGAGUUUUCUAGUAAUCGGAC